AUGGCUUCCAAAACCUUGGUGUGCUUGAUGCUUUUGGCUCUCUUAGCUGGUUCAGCCUUGGCUCAGGCACCAGGAGCCGCACCGACAGCUCCACCAACCAAAUCACCAUCUCCUGCACCCGCUGCACCUACAACUCCACCUCCCGCUCCAACUCCCGCUCCAACAGUCCCUGCUCCAACUCCUGCUACCGCUCCAUCCACAUCUCCUUCUUCGUCUCCAGCCAGCUCACCACCUUCUCCCUUGGCCCCUGGUACUGGUGGUGGCUCCAUAGCCAAUCCUCCAAGUGACACCGCUUCUCCUCCAUCUCCUUCAAACGCGGAUGGCUUGAACAGAGCCACGAUGGCUGCUGCUUUGAUUGGAGUGGCUG